AUACGGGAGGACAACCUUCUUCAUCUCUACGUUCAAAAAUUAGCAAAAAAAAAAAAAAGAAAGAAAAAAAGAAAGAAAGAAAUACUCCCGACGGCGGUGUAUCUCGCCCUCCCUUUCUCCGUCGGCCCUGCGUUUCUCAGUCAUCUUCCCCGGCUGCGCCCAAGGAAUUGGUGGAGACCCGGGGGAGGUGCUACUGCUAAUGAACGGCUUGUUUCGUGCAUGUUCUGCUGCUAUAUCAUCAAACACUACAAAUGUGUUAAGAACGAGUACAUUUUGCAAAUUCUCAGCUUACAGAUGGAAUGCCAGUGUCAACCAUGUUGGAGCUGGGAGUGUUAAUUUUAACUGGUUUCUGAAUAGUUCUUGCAUUAGGCUGUAUUCAUCUAAAGGGCCUCGACGAAAGAAUUCUCGGUCACAAAAGUCCGGUCCCACUCUUGCUACUACUCCAAAAAUGAAUGAGGAAGGAGACAGUUUCUUUGUUGUCAGGAAGGGGGAUCUCAUUGGAAUUUACAAGAAUUUGAGUGAUUGCCAGACUCAAGUCGGAUCUUCGAUAUGUGAUCCUCCAGUUAGUGUGUUUAAAGGACAUUCAAUGCCUAAGGACACAGAGGAAUAUCUUCUUUCCCGUGGACUUAAAAAUGCUCUAUAUACUGUCAGAGCCCAAGAUGUAACUGAAGAUCUUUUUGACACUUUGGAACCUUGUCAUCUUCAGCUUUCUUCCUCCAGUGGUGGAAUGCCUAAUGACCACAUGGCAAAAAAGAGGUCUCAGGAAGCAAUGUGGCCGGACUAUACGGAUGAUGUCGCUGGACCAGCAGCAGCUAGGCCAACUGGUUCCUCUAUAAGAAAGCCUGCGAUGUUAGAAAAGACCGAUGACACAGCUCUAUCAUUGGGUUCUUGUAGUCUUGAAUUUGAUGGCGCUUCAAAAGGAAAUCCUGGACAAGCUGGGGCAGGAGCUGUGCUGCGAGCUGAUGAUGGCAGCUUGACCAUUAAGCUUCGUGAAGGUCUGGGAAUGACAACAAAUAACGUAGCUGAAUAUCGAGCCAUUAUUUUGGGUUUAAGGUGUGCACUGAGCAAAGGAUUUACACGAAUUCGCGCACAAGGUGACUCUAAGCUUGUGUGUAUGCAGAUCCAGGGUCUUUGGAAGGUAAAAAAUGAAAAUAUCUCAACCCUGUAUGAGCAAGCAAAACAAUUGAAGGAUAGAUUCCAUUCCUUCCAGCUCGUGCACGUUCUUCGGGAUUCAAAUGCUGAAGCUGAUGAACAGGCAAAUUUGGCCAUCCAUCUAGCGGAUGGCCAAGUUCAAGAAGAGGUAGCCUAGGAAUGUAAAUGGUCAUACACAUAUGCCACAGGCAUUGGCCUUUCUUUCAUUCUCACCGCGAGGCUUUUUCCCCUUUUGCAGAGAGUAUGAGAAAUGUCAUUGGUGGAACUAAUUAUUGUCCGUCGAUUUGUGAAGCGGAAUGAACGCAUUUCAUUUCCCACAUUCCUUUUUGUGUUGUGGUGUGCCUAGAUAAUGGAUUUCUGGUUAAAUCAACUGUGUGUUUCAUA